AUGAAAGCAAAGAGAGAUGCUGAGGCAAAAUUGGGCUUUCCUGUCAAAGAUGCCAUGAUCACUAUUCCCACCUACUUCAAUGAUACACAACAUCAAGCCACCAAGGAUGCUGGCACAAUUGCUGGCCUGAAUGUUCUUAGAAUCAUGUCAAAGCCCAUGGCUGCCACUCUUGUUUACAGCAUGAAGUUGCCUCCCAAGAAAAAUGGUCAAUUUAUCCUAGUUUACAACUUGGACAGAGGGAUCUUUGACUCCACACUUAUGUGGAUGUGUGGGGAUGAUCAUGACAUGCAAGGAACUGGAGGGCAUGGCCACCUGGGUGGUCACAACUUUGACCAUGCAAUUGCAAAAUAUAUCAUGGCAGAAUUUGUGCAAGUUAAUGGGCUGGAUAUUGAAUCAGUGCUCGAAAAUAAGCCAGUGCUCUCCAAGCUCCACCUCCACACCAAACUGGUGAAGUGUCAGCUGAAGCAAGGCACCCUUGCUUGCAUUGUCAUCCAUGACCUUUACCAAGGCAAAACUUGGAAAGGCAUGCUCAGCAGGGCAAAGAUGAAAAAUCUUAUUGAUGCCUACCUCACAACAAGCAUGUCUAUCCUGGAGGGUAUCAUCAUUGCUGCAAGAGAGGCAGCUAAGCUUCCCAAGAAGGGUGAUCCAGAUGCAGUCAUACUCUCUGGUGGUUUGACAAAGCUGGUAAAAGUCCAAUCACUCCUCAAUGAAUGUUUCCCUGGAUGA